AUGGCCAAGUUUCUUGCCCCUGCUGCGGCUCUGCUGCCCGUCGUGCUGGUAGCGGCGAUUCCCGUCUCCAACUCCACCGGCUGCACCGUUACCAAAUUCGAGGAUAUCGCGACCGCCGUCUCGUCAUGCACCGACAUCACGCUCUCUAACAUUGCUGCCCCGGCGGCCAGCCCCAUCGAUCUCCAGAAGCUGAAGAAGGGCACUAAGGUUACUUUCGACGGCACAACCACCUUCGCCACGACUGUCGACUCCAGCUUCGACCCUAUCAUAAUCUCUGGAACCGACAUCACAAUUACUGGCGCACCCGGCCACGUAAUUGAGGGCAAUGGCGCUGCUUACUGGGACGGCCUGGGUUCCAACGGUGGCGGUGACAAGCCCAACCACUUCGUUGUUGUCAAGAAGACCAGCAACGCAAAGAUCACCGGCCUGAACAUCAAGAACUGGCCUGUCCACUGCUUCUCCAUGACCGGCAACCAGAACCUUGUUGUAUCCGAUCUGAUCCUUGACAACUCCGCCGGCGAUGUGCCCAACAACAAGAGCGGUACCAAGGCUGCAGCCCACAACAGUGACGGUUUCGACAUUUCCUCCAGCGACUAUGUCACCCUCGACAACAUCAAGGUUCACAACCAAGAUGACUGUGUUGCUGUCACCAGUGGCACCCACGUCACCGUCAACAACAUGUACUGCUACGGAGGUCACGGCCUCAGCAUCGGCUCCAUUGGCGGCAAGAGCAACAACACUGUCGAUAACGUCGUCUUCUCCAACUCUCAAAUCAUUAAGAGCUCAAAUGGCUGCCGCAUCAAGUCCAACUCCGGCACCACUGGCUCCGUCACCAACAUCACUUACAAGAACAUCACCCUCACCGACAUCGACACCUACGGCAUUGAUGUCCAGCAGGACUACCUCAACGGCGGCCCGACCGGUUCGCCUACCAACGGCGUCAACAUCAGCAGCAUCCACUUCGUCGAUGUUCAGGGUACUGCUACCGGUAGCGACGCCUACAACUACUACAUUCUUUGCGGUGAUGGCAGCUGCUCUGACAUCACCUUCGAGAACACCAAGAUCACCGGAGGUGGCAAGGGCGGCAGCUGCAACUUCCCCGCCAGCGGAUGCCCCGCAUAA